UGAUAGUUCAAGCCUGCAAUCUGCAGAGGAAGUGAACUGUGAAAACUCAGUUGUAGAAUUGAAUGAACUUUGUCAUCAUUCAUAAUGAUAAAAAAUGAUGAGGUUGAAAUUGAAGAAUUAACGUACAUUUCAACACCCGAUGCCAAUGCUGAAUUAAUCAAACAAAUUGAUUCAAGAAAUGAUGAAAACCAGCACGGAAUAUCUCCUUUUUUAUACUUCACUGCGAUCGUUGGAGUUUUUCUUGGGAUUGAUCCACAUCUAGUAAUCUUGGACCCUGAAGAUGUGAGAACCGUUUUGAUCAAGGACUUCAAUAGUUUUGUGGACCGUGGGAUUUAUAUGAUCAAAACUGAUCCAACUACAGUACAUUUGGUUUCACAGCAAGGUCCAGAAUGGAGGAAUGCGAGGGUCAAGUUCACCAGCGUUUUCACAUCCGCAAAAAUGAAGAUGAUGUACGAUGCUAUGAAACAAUGCAGUACAAAUAUGAUACCGACAUUGGACGACAGCGCGGAGAGAAAUCUUGAUGUCGAUGUUUUGGACACAAUAGCACGUUUCACUACUGACUCAGUUGGUUCGACGAUAUUAGGUGUGGAAUGCAAUUGUUUCAUGAAUCCAGAUGCAAAAUUCCGAAGACUUGGGAAACAUGUCUUAGAGCAAUUUACUCUGAUGGACAUGACACGCUUGUUCAUGACGAUUUAUUUCCCAAGACUAGCCAAAGAACUGAGAAUUUCGAAUGUUCAACCGGAAGUAUCGAAGCAAUUCAGUAAAAUUAUCAAAGACACGGUGGAAUACAGGGAAAAAAAUGGUUUGCUUCGAAAAGACUUCCUAGGUAUGUUGAUCCAGCUGAAAAACUCGGGAGUUCAGAUGACUAUGGAUGAAAUUAUCGGCCAGGCAUUCUUAUUUUUCGUUGCUGGAUUCGACACUUCUGCUACCACCACAACGAUGACAUUGUUCGAACUGGCUGAGAAUCAAGAGGCCCAGGACAGACUGAGGAAAGAAGUGAUAAGCACCUUCGACGAAAAUAACAAUGAUCUGACGUACGAAUCACUCAUGGGAAUGAAAUACCUUGGUCAAGCAAUCGAUGAAACCCUGAGGAAAUGGCCUCCAGUAGCAAGCAUCUUGAGGGUGUGCGUGCAAGAUUACAAGUUUCCAGGGAGUGACAUAAUCAUUGAAAAGGGAACAAAAAUAAUCGUCCCAGUUCUGGGCAUGCAUCGUGAUCCAGACUUCUAUCAAGACCCCCUGAAAUGGAAUCCAGAUCGGUUCGAGAAUAGGAAUCAAAAGUUACCUGCUUAUUUUCCGUUCGGUGAUGGACCCAGAAACUGUAUUGGUUUGCGUUACGCCUAUAUGCAGGUCAGACUAGGUUUAGCAACCAUCUUGAGGAACUACAAAGUUCUUCCAAGCCCAGCCACUGAAAAACCACUGAAGAUACAUCCAGACACCUUCCUUCUGAGAUUUACACAACGUGUACAUUUGAAAUUCAGGAAGUUACAUUGAUUUCCUCACUUUUAUGAUUAUAACAAACAAAGAAUCAAUAAAUCAUCUUGAUACUAUUUUAUUAUUUGAG